CGCCAUCUCAUCUUCUCGCCAUCCUCACCGCCGCCUUCAUCCUAGGUUUGUGGCAGGCUCGCAGGAAUUCACUCCUCACGAAUCUCGACAAAUUACCCUGCUAUCUCGCCCGCGAUGUCCCGCAACGAAAUCCUCAGCCCUUCUCUCCUCCGAAUGGACGGUCGCCGCCCAUACGAGCUGCGAUCGCUUGAGUUGCACUUCUCCCCGCAUCUUGUCGCCUCCUCCUCCUUCUCUUCGUCGUCGCGCAACUUCGCGUCCUCCUCCUCGACACUCGAGCAGCCCGACGGAUCAGCUCGCCUCGUUCAAGGCUUGAAUGAUGUGACCUGCUGCGUCUUUGGGCCUAGGGAUGGGAGUGGUGGAGCAGCUGGUGGUAGUGGGGAAGGAGCCUCGAUCGAGUUCGAGGUAUUGAAUGAGAAUGCCAGCCAGGUGGGACAAGAAAGAAGAGCAAACAGGGCGAGGAAUGAUCGGCGAACCCAAGAAACCACCUCUGCCCUCACCAGUCUUUUCACCCCAAUCCUCUCUCUGCACCUCUACCCACGCACGUCAAGCAUCCUCGUCUCCCUCCUCGUAACAUCAAGCGAUGGGUCUCUCCUCUCCACAUUGAUCAACGCAGCCACUCUCGCCCUCGUAGCCGCAGGAGUACCAAUGAAGGACUAUUGUUUGGCCACGACCGUCGCCUUUCAUCCGCCGCUCAAGAGCUCGCAUACAGGAGGAGAGGAUCCGGUACUGCUGGACCCUACGAGUGCAGAGGAGAAUGAUCUGCCGCACUUGACGGUGGCUGUCACGCCGAGGGAUGGCAAUGUAGGACUUAGCACGCUCGAUGCGGGGAGGGGGAAAGUGCAGGGUGACCGAGUGGUGCAGGGUCUCAAGGUGGCAGUAAAAGUGGUGAGCGGAGCACUGCUCGAUGAAGUGGAGAUGGCCGUCAAGGGGUGGGCGAAGGGGCUGAGGGACGCGGGACUGGAGGGAGCCAGGCGGUCAUAGAGGGUCCACGCAAUAGCACAUCGUUCGAUGUCCCCA